GUGCGCAUGCGCAUAUGCAUACGCUUACCAAAACAUGAGACACGUAUUCGACAGAGAAGAAGAUAGCAGCAGUCAGUGCCAAACUUCCGGACUUUCUAAUGUUACGUGACACAUGGUUGCCAGCUAGCUAGAAAUGCUUAUUGAUCGUGUUCGUCGUUUGUGCAAGCUACUGCUUAACCUUGAAGUAGAACAGAGUGCAAUGAUGUCAUGUGUGGAGCAUGUGAAGGUACAUGUGUGUUUCACGUGGAUGGAAGCUGUUGUGCUCUUUGUUCUCUACGAGAUGGCAGCACAUUUUGUUGUGGAAAUUGUGCUGUUAUUUUCAUGGCUUCAAGUGAUCUUUUGUGUUGAGAAAUCAUCAGCAUUCUCUUGUGAUCCAGCUGUUGUUACUGGUCCUCGAGGUCUUCCUGGUCCUGUGGGUCAGAGAGGCAUGCCUGGGGUACCAGGAACACAAGGCUUGUCAGGCUUCCAAGGUUUACCGGGAGCAUUUGGAAAGACGGGAGAUCCAGGUCCUGUCGGUGUACAAGGUCUUCCUGGUCGUGUUGGCCCAGCAGGUCAGAAGGGGUCAAUUGGAUUGCAAGGUGAGAAGACGAACUCAAUUUAA